CAAGAUUACAAACGUGAACUGCAAGAGCAGAUCAUAACAUCCCAUCAAAUGAAACUUUGUAUGUACGAAGAGUAUUGAGAGAGAAAAAGAUGAUCGAUGAUGUUGUCCAGAGAUUACAUGACGAGGACAUGAGAGAGUUGGAAUUGAAAAUGGAGAAAAAGAAUCGAACAAGACGCGAAAUGGAGGAGUUUAAAUGUGCUCAAGAGUUGUGGAGAAAACGAGAAAGGGAAUACUUGGAGGAGGAGCAAAGAAAGGUUGCUCGAGAAGCUGCCAGGACUCAAGAUAAUGAGAAAGAAAGGAAAGCACGUUGGAAAGAAAAAGAAGCAGCCAAGGAGCGUGUACAAGCUUACAUCAUGAACAACAUGAAACAAGAACAAAAACGUAAAGAGGAACUGCAAAACAUGCUGGAAGAAUUAGCAGCUGAAGAGAUGAAACAAAAUAACGACGACGAAGAAAAAAGAGAAAUCGAGAUGGAAUUAAGAAAACGACUCAAGAUGAGACAGGAUCUCGAUGAGCAGAGAUAUUAUAAAAUGUUGAACUUGAAGAGACAAGAGGAAGAGGAUGCAUCAUACAGGAGACAGGAGUUGGAGCGUUUGGCAGAAAUGGCCAAACUGGAUCAACUGUCUGAUGCCAAGCGAAGGAUGAAAAGAUUGGAGCAUGGACGAGCUGUCGAAGCAAUGAUAGAAGACAGAAGGAGGAGACGAGCUGAAGAAAUGGCUCAGCUGGUGGAGAGCCAUAAGCAGGAACAGGACCGUGAAAAGAUCAAGCAAAGGAUGAUAGAAGAAGAACGUAUCAAACUUCUCAAAGAGCACGCACAAAAUUUAGCAGGUUAUUUGCCACCUGGUCUUUUAAAACCGGAAGACAAAGAGAUUUUAGGAGAGUUAUUAGUGUGUUCAACAAACAAGAACUGA